AUGUCGGCAUCCGUUACGCUGCGCAAGCGGCGCUCGGUUGCAUCGCGACCCAUCACCAACCGGCCGCAAACCAUCACAGGCCAACAGAACAAAGCGCUGGAUGCCGAGCAGGAACGCGAGCGCCAGGCCAAGCAGCUCGACGCGCGUCGUCGCCGUGCCCGCAGGCGACUCGACGAACUGGAGCGCAUCAACUACCGCGACGCCCCCACCGCCUCCUCCUCCGCCUCUGGUGUAUCGACUCCACUCGAGUCAAACGAAGCGUCUGGUGUCGACACCGAGUCAGCUGGCUCGGCAAGUGCAGGCGUGAGUGUGGCACAGCGACGCAGGAACCAGGCCGAAAUCAAGCGCAUCCUCGUCGGCGGGCGGAGGAAUCUGCAUGCGCUUGUCGAAGAGCUCGUGGAUCAGGGAAGGCUGCCGCUGGUGCCGGGUAAGGACGCGGCGAAUUGGAGGAGUGUCAGGUCGGCACCGCCCACUCGACCAGCGCGCAGGUAUUGCAGCAUCUGCGGCUUCCACGGCGAUAUAGCCUGCACGAGCCACGACGAAACACGCUGCGACCGCCCGCUUCGCUAA